CAAAAUGAGCGACUCGCACCCGUGCUUUCUGUGUGGCAGGAAAAAGUGUGGAAAUCCUGAUCUUAUUUUUCAUCGCUUUCCCAAAGAUGAAGAUAGGUGUUCCAAAUGGGUUGAAUGUCUUCAAGGGCAUGCAGAUGCCAAGUAUUUAAACAAUAUAAGUUUGGCACAACUUAAUAAGACAUACAGGAUCUGCAGUUUUCAUUUUAAGCAGAAAAAUUACCACGGAAUUAGGCUGCUUAAAAAUGCCAUCCCAGAUCAAAAUACAGACUGCACAAUAAAUGCUGCUAGUGACUGCAACAAUCAGUGGAACACUCCUUACCAAGCUGAACCAUCACAACCCCAAUGUGUAACCUAUGAUGAAAGUUCCUUUUUUUCUGCAGAGGACAUUACCUUUGGUAUACCCACAGACUUACCAACCCCAUUAUUACUGGAAAAGGAAAUGCUAAUUUCAAACUAUAGUGAAGAAGUUCAUCUGAAUAAACCCUCUGAUUCAGUUGACUCUCCCACGAUGCAUAAGUUUGCUGCAGCAUACCGAAAUAUUUUCUUCCCAAAACCGGUGAAACCUCCUUUCCUCCAUGUUUGUCAAGUUGGUGACCCUGUUUUACGAAGUAAAGCCUUGCCUGUACCACCUGAUGAUAUUCCCAAACCAGAAACAAAGCAGGUAAUAUCACAAAUGAGGCAAGUAAUGAAGACAUAUGAUGCAGUAGGCCUUGCUGCCCCACAAAUUGGUGUUCCACUCAGAAUAAUAACUUUGGAGUUUUCUCCAAAACGCAAGAAGGAGUUUGGAGAGGAAGUUUAUGCUGCUCGAGAAAUGUCCAUUCUUCCAUUCACAGUAGUCAUUAAUCCACAAAUGGAGAUUUUAGAUUACAAAAAGGUCACAUUCCCAGAAGCCUGUGAAAGUCUCCGGGGCUAUAGUGCUAUGGUACCAAGAUACAAGGCAGUAAAACUUGUUGGACAGGACCAGUCUGGGGAAGAAUUGGAACUGGAAACUAAAGGAUGGUUAGCGAGAAUAAUACAGCAUGAAAUGGAACAUCUCGAUGGAAAGCUUUAUAUAGACUCCAUGGAUGUUAAAAGCUUCCAAAAUGAUGCUUGGCAUAGAAUAAAUGUACAUCAAGGAAGAGUCCAAAUACAGUUUUAUAAAAAAUAAGUGUUGUAGUAAUUCAUAUGUUGUUUUGUAAAUACAUUGUUUUAUUUAAAUA